AUGGUGACCUAUGAAUUGAAGAGCAAUACUUCCGUCACCAGCAGGGGUGGAAGCGGGGGAGAGGAGAACUCUCUGAUGCGGGAGCGUGAUAAUGCGCAUCUCCAACGGAUGGGAAAGAAGCCAGUCCUCAAGCGCAACUUCGGCAUCUUAUCGAUCCUUGGUUUCAGCUGUACUAUUCUGGGUACUUGGGAAGGUCUACUUGGUACUUUCACAGGCCCUCUCACAAAUGGCGGCUCCGGUGGUGCGAUAUAUGCCUACCUCUUCGGGUGGGUUGGCUGUUUUGCCAAUUUCAUGGUGUUGUCGGAAUUAGCCUCCAUGGCGCCUACUGCAGGAGGCCAAUACCACUGGGCUGCCAUGCUUGCCCCGGCCAAACUCCAGAAGUUUCUGAGUUUCGUUACAGGAUGGUUUGCCGUUCUCGGUUGGCAGAGUGCCUUCGCUGCCUGCGCGUUUUUAACAGGAAAGAUGAUCCAGGGUGCUGCGAUCCUAGGAAACAACUUGUACAAUGCUCUACCUUGGCAGGGUACAUUGAUUAUCUGGGGCUCACUAAUUCUAGCAUUGACAAUUAACUUGCUCGGUGGCAACUUGCUGCCCCGCCUUGAGGCGGUCCUUUUAGUUGUCCAUAUUCUUGGCUUUUUCGGCAUCAUUAUCCCCCUCGUCUAUAUGGCAGAUCAUAACACGAAGGAGCAGGUGUUUCUAUCUUUUCAGAACGGAGGAGGCUUUGCCACACAGGGACUAUCCUGGUUCGUUGGUAUGACCGCCUGUGCCUUUGCCUUUGGUGGAGGUGAUGCCGCAGUGCAUAUGUCCGAAGAGGUCGCAAAUGCCUCCACCGUCAUUCCCAAUGCUCUUAUGAUCAGCGUCGGAAUCAACGGCUCCCUCGGCUUUGGCAUGAUACUUGUUAUGAUGUUCUGCACCGACUCCGAUCUCGGUGGUAAGCUAGGGAGCAUCACUGGAUAUAACUUCAUGGGUAUCUUCAUGGAAGCCACAAACUCAGUGCCAGGUUCGUUGGCUAUGUGUGCCAUCGUUAUCACAAUUUAUGUCUGCUCGCUCAUGGGUCUACUGGCCGCGGCGUCUCGGCAGCUUUGGUCUUUCUCUCGAGAUAGGGGAGUUCCUGGGUGGCGAUGGUGGAGUCAGAUUUCUUCAACAAGACAGUUGCCUAUUUUCGCCAUCCUCCUUACAGUGACUGUCGCUACUUUGCUUUCCCUGAUUAACAUUGGUUCGCAUACUGCCAUGGAAGACAUUGUGUCCAUGGCAGUAGCAGGUAUUUACCUUUCCUACCUCAUGGUCUCGAUCCUGCUAUUUUACCGCCGAGUCCGUGGCGACAUCUCCCGAUAUAAUGACAAUGAGGAUGAUAUUAUCAACGUCCCGGGCGCAAAGCUUGUCUGGGGGCCUUUCCAUUGCCCUGGCCUCAUUGGUACCGCUAUCAACGGGUAUGCGAUAAUCUACAUCAGCAUAGUUAUCUUUUUCAGCUUCUGGCCAAGCACAAUGGACCCAACAGUGGAGACAAUGAACUGGAGUGUUCUGGCAAUUGGAGGCAGCGCCUUCCUUGCUAUUAUAUAUUACAUUGUGCGCGCUCGGCACGUCUACAAGGGCCCUAUUGUGGAAGUCUCACUAUAA